GCGAAGGCGGACGGGCAGGUAGCAGGCGCCGGCCAUGGCUCUCCUCCGCUCCGCUCGUCUCGCGCCGCCUUGCUUGGCGUCUCUGCCGGCCCGGGCCAGCUCCUGGUGGGCUCAUGUGGAAAUGGGACCUCCCGAUCCCAUUCUGGGAGUGACGGAAGCCUUCAAACGGGACACCAGCAGUAAGAAGAUGAACCUGGGAGUCGGGGCGUACCGAGAUGACAAUGGGAAGCCGUAUGUCUUGAACUGUGUCCGCAAAGCAGAGGCCCAAGUAGCUGCAAAGAAGUUGGACAAGGAAUAUUUACCCAUUGCGGGGCUGGCAGAGUUCAACAAGGCAUCUGCUGAGCUGGCUUUGGGAGACACGAACGAGGUUAUUCAGAGUGGCCGGUAUGUCACUGUGCAGACAAUUUCUGGAACCGGAUCUUUGAGAGUCGGUGGCAGCUUCUUGCAACGAUUCUUCAAAUAUAGCCGUGACGUCUACCUCCCCAAACCAUCCUGGGGCAAUCACACCCCCAUCUUCAGGGAUGCUGGGAUGCAGCUCCAGAGCUAUCGGUACUAUGAUCCCAAGACCUGUGGCUUUGACUUCACUGGAGCUUUGGAGGACAUUUCUAAAAUUCCGGAGCAAAGCGUCAUUCUCUUCCAUGCCUGUGCUCACAACCCGACUGGUGUGGACCCUCGGCAGGAGCAGUGGAAGGAGCUGGCAGCGGUAGUGAAGAAAAGGAACCUCUUUGCCUUUUUUGACAUGGCAUACCAAGGUUUUGCUAGUGGGGACAUAAACAGAGAUUCCUGGGCUGUCCGUCACUUCAUUGAGCAAGGCGUCAACGUUGUGUUGUCCCAGUCGUAUGCGAAGAACAUGGGACUGUAUGGGGAGCGCGUGGGUGCCUUCACCGUGGUUUGCAAGGAUGCCGAGGAGGCCAAGCGAGUGGAGUCCCAGCUAAAGAUCCUGAUCCGCCCCAUGUACUCCAACCCUCCCCUCAACGGGGCUCGGAUUGCCUCCACUAUUCUCACCAGCCCUGACUUGCGAAAGGAAUGGCUGGCAGAAGUGAAGGGGAUGGCCGACCGGAUCAUUGGCAUGCGUACCCAGCUGGUGGCGAAUCUGAAAAAAGAAGGCUCCUCUCACAACUGGCAGCACAUCACUGACCAGAUAGGCAUGUUCUGCUUCACAGGCCUGAAACCUGAACAAGUGGAGCGGCUAACCAAGGAGUUCUCCAUCUACAUGACCAAGGAUGGACGCAUCUCAGUCGCAGGCGUGACAUCUGGCAAUGUGGCUUAUCUGGCCCACGCCAUCCACCAAGUCUCCAAGUAAACUGGGAGUCAAGUUGGAUCAGACGGCCUUCCCUUCCACCUUCU